AUGGACGAAAAAGAGGCUCUGGGCCCGCCCGUCAAGGUGAACGGGUCGCCAUCCACAUGGGUCGAGGAGCGGUUUCCCGAUAUCGUCGUGGGGAUUGACUUUGGGAUGACAUGCACUGGCGUGGCCUACUCAACCGGCCCAGACUGGGGCCCCCCAAAGACCAUCCAACGCUGGCCGGGGAAAUUACUGAGCGAACUCGCCAACAAAGCCCCGACCAGUCUUGUCUACAGCCCUGAUGGGAAAAUACUAAGGGACUGGGGCUUUGGCUGUGACACCGAAGAUCGCUCAGCAGACAUCAAGGAAUUCUUCAAGCUGCACUUGACGUCGCAGAGCGAGUUUGCGGACCUAGGGCUGCAGAUUACGCAGGCUGAAGCGAGGCGCUGGUUCCAGGAUUACAUUUCGUGCAUCUAUAGACAUGUCCUUGAGCACUUGACGGGCUCGAUUCCGGGUUUUGAAACCAUGCGCGUCGAGUUCAUGUUUAGUGUGCCGACGACUUGGAAGGAUGUGCGUGUUAUUGAGGAGAUCCGCGCCCUGCUUGAUAAGGCUGUCCAUAGACCGAACCAUUGGGCUUGCAUAGCGCUUACCGAGGCUGAAGCUGCGGCGGUGUAUGCUUGUAGGGGGUAUUAUCAGCCGGGAAAUAUCGUGCUGGUCUGUGACAGUGGCGGUGGGACUACGGUUGAUGUAAAUGUCCUCCGACUCCUUUCAGCCCGAGGCGAACCCGUCCAGUUGGAGCAACUCGGCAGCGUGGAAGGACGACCCAUUGGAUCCGUCUUCAUCGACCGCGCAAUCCACAAACUGAUCGCUGAGCGCCUUAGCAAAGCGACCGACCACCUCCUCCAGACACCCGAGUACACAGCGUGGAAAAUGAUCUCGGGUCGGUUCCAGCGGCUGAAGUGCGCCUUUGGAACUGAUGCAGCAAAGACGCCUUUCCUGAGCCUUGAUGUGCCGUUUCUAAAAGACCAAAGGGUUGAUUUGCCCGAGGCAGGCAUUUCAAACGGGAGUAUGCGGAUUGAAUGGGAGCACGUCCGAUCCGCCUUCGACACCAAGAUCAACGAGAUGUGCGAGCUCCUCGACGGCCAAAUCCAACAGAUGCAGACGAGACAUCCUCUGAGCCAAAUAUCCUACAUCGUCCUCUCCGGCGGCUUCGGCAGCUCCCCCUACGUCAAAACCCGCCUGCACACCCGCUACGCCAUGCCAGGGCUAACAAAGCACGCCAACAUCCUAGGCGCGCAGCUCCUGCUAGCCGAAGAACCCCAGCUAGCAGUCGUGCACGGGCUCGUCCUCGAACGCACGCAGCAACUCCACCACGGCCUGACGAGUCUCGGCGCGCGCUGCUCCCCCGUAAGCUACGGCAUCAUUUGCGACCAGCUGUACGACGCAGCCGUGCACCUGGGCCAACGCGUGCGGCGCGACCCGAGAGACAACAACCUCUACGCGGUCGAGCAGAUCGAGUGGCUUGUUGUCGCGGGCCAGCCUGUUCCGCCGUGCGGGAUAAGCAAGGCUUUCCAGUUGAAGAUCAUGCCUGGUGAUGAGGCGUCGCCUUGGAAGGCGCAUAUCGUUAGCUCGUUGCGGCGUGCGGAAAGUUUGGCGCGGAGUGUAGCGGAUCCUGGCGUCGAACGCGUGUGUAGUCUGGAUAUCAGCACGGAGGAUGUGGAGCGGAAGGUGAAGAAUGGGAAGUGGUAUAAUGUGCGUCCGAGGUAUUGUCGGGCGACGUUUGAGGUCAGGGUUGUUGUUGGGGCGGCGGAUUUGUCGUUUCAGCUUUGGUCGAGGGACAGGAGGGUGAGGGUUCAGGGGGGGCAUGAGCCGAUUCGGGUGCAGUGGAUGCCGGCUGGGCCUGGGUAG